AUGGGUAGACACGAGGAAGCACAUAAGGCGGUUUAUGGAGGUGGUCAACAUCAUAGUACAUGGACUCAUGAACUGAUUGGUGGUGCGGCAGCAUUUGAGGCCAUGCGAUUAUGGGAGGAACAACAUCCCAACGACUCCCAUCAACUAUCCAAAGAACUAUUAGCGGGAUUAGCGGGUGCUGAAGUUGAUAAAUUAUUUGAAAGUAAAAGUUUAGACUUUUUAGACCGUGAGGAAGCAAAAUUUCAUGCUACACAACAAGCUGAACAGUUAAUUAAUCAGCGGAAUGGCUAG